AUGAAUGAUCAGCAAGGGGGCGAUCAAAAUGUUGAUAAUGCAUUGAAGCAAUUAGUUGCAGAACAUGUGAACAAUGCUCUUCAAGCUUUCGUUAGCGGAUUACCAACUGUACCACCAACUCCGCCUCCAAACAACACCGCAACCAUAGAGAAUCCACGUUCGGCACUCACUAAUUCGGGCAGCGGAGGAACUCCUAGUGAAUCUCGUGAUGGAGGGUUAGGUAGCCUUGUAAAUAUCAUUCUUUUAAACGAGAUGCAAGCUGAUGACAAAUUGGUACCCAAAGAACGUACCUUAUCCGGAUUUGAUAAUUCAUGCGUUGUCACAAAAGGGGAGAUAAUAGUCACCACAUUCAUAGAAGGAGUGAUCAAAGAUACGAAAUUUCAAGUAAUAGAUAUGGAUAUGGCGUACAAUAUGAUCCUUGGCAGACAUUGGAUUCAUGAGAUGAAUGCUGUUCCAUCUACUUUUCAUCAGGUUAUUAAGUUCCCUUCUCAAUGGGGAAUUAGGCAAAUCCGUGGAGAUCAACAAGCUUCUAGAAGUAUCAAUUCAGUGGCAGAUUCAAGUAUACAAAAUGACGUUGCAGAUGAAAAAUAG